AUGAGGAAAAGAACUAAAUCAACCAAUAAUUAAACAGUUCCUGGAUUUUUAUCUAAAACUUAUAAAAUAUUAGAAAAUGAAGAAUAUAAUGAUAUUAUAAGCUGGAAUAUAGAUGGUAGAAGCUUUUUAAUUAAAAGCCCAAAUGAAUUUGCAGAAAAAAUAUUACCAAAACAUUUCAAAACAAAUAAUUUUUCUUCUUUCGUUCGAUAGUUAAAUAUGUAUGAUUUUCACAAAUAAAGGCACGACAAUACUGAUAUGCAUGAAUGGAGUCAUAGGCUGUUUAGAAAAGGAUAUGCAAAUUUAUUGUCAUAAAUAAAAAGAAAAAUAUAUGAAGUUUUAAAGUCUUAAGGUCAUGAUAAUGAAAAUCCUAAUAAUAAAAGUAAAGAAACAUAAAAUGCAGAAGGAUAUUCUUAACUUAAAGGCGAUAGAAUUAAAUGCUCUAAAAUUUGA